UGGCGCGUUGGCGGCAUGUCAAAGUCUCUAUGGAUCCUUUUCUUGAGUUUGCAUGUCGGUCUCGUCGAAAAUGUAAUUGGUUCGACAGGUGACAGGUCGCAGGUGUACAAUCAAUGUCUAGCGCUGUGUCGCAAUAGCAACUGCGAAGAUGAAACAGAUUUUAAACAACGACCCCCUUUGUCGUUAAUUUUGCUCCAAUGGUCCUGCAAGGAGGAUUGCAGUUAUAUCUGCACAUGGAGAACCGUUGACACCUUUGUAUUUAAUGGAUUGAAAGUACCACAAUUCCAUGGGAAAUGGCCGUUCAUUCGCCUGUUUGGAUGUCAAGAACCUGCCUCAGUUUUAUUCUCCAUACUAAAUUUUUAUGCACACUGGACAAUGCAACUGAAAUUUAGAAAAAGAGUUAAUCGUGCAAACCCUAUGUUUUAUGCGUGGGCAUAUUUUAGCAUUAUAUGCUUAAACGGAUGGUUUUGGUCUGCCAUAUUUCAUUCACGAGACAGGCCAUUUACAGAAGCUAUGGAUUAUUCUUGCGCAUUUAGUAUGGUACUUACGCUCUUAUAUUGUAUGCUUCUAAGAAUAACGUGCAACAAAAAUAAAUUAUUCAUUAUAAUAACUUGUGGAUACAUUAGCAUACUUUGUAGCCAUUUAUCACACUUAUGGUCAGGCAAAAUAAAUUAUGGUUACAACAUGACGUUUAACAUAAUGAUAGGUUUAACAACUUUCGCGAUAACGUCGCUAUGGUGGUACAUCAAUCGCAACAAAUUGCCUUACGCGUACUUAAUCGCUUGGUUUAACGUAGCGACUAUUUUUGUGACUUUGCUCGAAUUGGCAGACUUUCCACCAAUCUUUUGGAUACUCGAUGCUCAUUCUCUGUGGCAUGCAAGCACGGUUCCCUUAACAGUAUUAUUAUACAGGUUUAUAAUCUCAGAUUGCUCUUACCUGGAAAUGUAUUAUAAUAAAUCGCUUUUAGUUUUUAAUCAUCAUACGCAAUAAAUUUUUCCAUAAUGCAGAUUCAUGUGUAUCUUCCAAGAUGUUCCACAGGGCAGUAUAACAAACGUUUGUUGGAAGAUUGUAACAUCAUCAGCCUUCGCGAAAGAUUUGCAGAGUUAGCAAUCCAUUAAAUAUGAAUAGGAUAUUGCUUGUGUGCAAAAUCUUUCUCUCAUUCUUGUUAUGUCUGUUCUUAUUAUGUUAUAAAUGAUAUAAUUUAUUUCAUAUUUAUACCAGACACGUUCGUCCUACUUGCUUUUGCAUUGUCACAUGUUGCGAUGGGAAAAAAUUUAUGGUCAUGUGUAAACAUGAUUAAACUUAUAAAAAAUAUUUAAGUACCUGAACUUGUAUAAUGAUACAGAAAUAUUAGAAACACAGUUGCAUCGAUUGUCACAGAGUAUUAAUUCUGCUAAAUUUUGUCCAAUUAUAAUAAAGAACAAAUAUUUUACA